GCGGGUCGGGUCCGUUUCGGGCAGUUUGGACGGCAGCCCUCGUCCCAUGUAGUUUCGGUAAUCUGCAAGUCAUCCGAAAUCGCGAAUGAUGAUAUAGUCUAGUCAAAAAGCGUAUCGCCCAACGAUCGUCCAUUCAGUCGCGCGUUUACCAUCCCCACUGAGGUGUGAACUCAAACCGGUAGACCGGCUACUAUUAGUGAGUGUAUCGCGUUAAACUCGCACCGAAAAAGCAAUGAAUCGUUGGAUCGGUAAGGUAGCCGUCGUAACCGGGGCCAGCUCCGGCAUCGGAGCAGCCAUUGCAAAGGAUCUCGCCAAAGCCGGCAUGGUUACGAUCGGAUUGGCCCGGCGCGUUGAACGUGUGGAGCAGCUAAAGCAGGACGUACCGAAGGAAGCGGCCGCACGGCUCCAUGCGAUGAGGUGCGACGUUUCGGUCGAAACCGACAUCGAGCGAACGUUCCAGCGCAUACGGGAUACGCACGGUGGUGUGGACGUGCUGGUGAACAAUGCCGGCAUUCUGCGGUCGAACAAUCUGCUCGAUGUGGGCACCACGGCCGAUCUGCGGGCCGUACUGGACACAAACGUAACCGGGCUGGUGCUGUGCAGCCAGUGGGCUUAUCAGUCGAUGGUGGAGCGUAAAGUCGAUGGACAUAUCGUGCACAUCAACAGCGUUGCCGGGCACGGGGUGCCAAACUUCCCGAAGCUGAACAUCUACCCCGGUACGAAGCACGCCGUUACGGCCAUCACAGAGGUAAUGCGCCAGGAGAUGCGAGCGGCCGAAUCGAAGGUCAAAGUGACGAGUAUUAGCCCGGGAGGUGUGCGGACAGAAAUUUUCGAUGGCUACCCCAUCCCGGAUGAAAUGGUACUGCUCCAAUCGGAAGAUAUCUCCCAAGCCGUACUGUACGUGAUCGGGACGCCGCCCCAUGUGCAGGUGCACGAACUCACCAUCAAACCGAUGGGGGAGCUAUUCUAAGCAAAGCGACGCUGUUCAAAAUUCAAAAGAGCUCCCACGCUCCCUCGAUUGUGUGUGAUAAGGAAGCUGUUAACUCAAAUUUUGUGCACACAAGGCCACACACGGAGGUGGAAAAAUAAAGUAG